UAUGGCCUCCCCACCAUCUCUCCCACUUAUAGUACUCUGUCUGAUUCUAGUUUCCAGUUUAUCAACAUUAACACUUGCUGAUUCUUAUUACUACGCUCCUAGUACUAACAAGAAUGUCAUGAACCCAAUAGACUCAUGUUGGAGGGCUAAAUCAAACUGGGCCACUAACCGCCGUGCACUGGCUGAUUGUGCUGUAGGGUUUGGGAAAAAUGCCAUUGGGGGGAAGUUCGGAGCAACUUACAUGGUAACGGAUGCAUCCGAUGACCCGGUAAAACCAAAACCGGGCACGCUCCGGUACGGUGUGAUCCAAUCAAAACCACUGUGGAUCGUUUUCGCCAAAAGUAUGGUUAUUACACUUAAGAAUGAGCUCAUGAUAAACAGUUACAAGACCAUAGAUGGGAGAGGGGCGAAGGUGGAGAUUGCUUACGGGCCAUGCAUCACGAUACAGCAUGUUAGCCAUGUUAUUAUACAUGGGAUCAGCGUACAUGACUGUAAGCCGGGAAAAUCAGGCCUGGUUCAGGACAGCCCGAUCCACAAGGGCCACCGCCGGGGUUCGGAUGGCGAUGCUAUUGAUAUAUUUGAUUCAUCCGAUGUAUGGAUUGACCAUUGCUCAUUUGCUCGGUGCUAUGAUGGGCUCAUUGAUGUGAUUCAUGGCUCCACAGCCAUCACCAUUUCAAACAACUUCUUUUCCCACCAUGAUAAAGUUAUGUUGUUCGGACACGAUGACAACAAUUUGGAGGACAAAAAAAUCAAAGUCACAGUAGCCUUCAACCGUUUUGGCCCUGGAUUAGUUCAAAGGAUGCCGAGGGUUAGGCUAGGGUACGCGCAUGUGGCUAACAACAGAUACGACCAGUGGGAGAUGUAUGCGAUUGGGGGGAGUGCUGAUCCAACCAUCUUCAGUGAAGGAAACUACUUCGUCGCCCCGAAUAAUCCUGAUGUCAAACAAGUUACAAAGAGAGAGACUAAGAAUGGUUGGAAGAACUGGAAAUGGAGAUCAUCCAGAGACAAAUUCAUCAACGGGGCUUACUUUGUCCCCUCGGGGUAUGGAACCACCGCGCCUGGUUACACGAAAAUUCAGUCGUUUAAGGUGGCCGAUGGAGCCAUGGUCCCUGCUCUUACAUCUGAUGCAGGCCCUCUAAGCUGCACCACCAAUAGAGCAUGUUGAUUGACUGCAUAUCUGUACAUAUUUCUGAUUUUGAUCGUAAAAACACGAGUACUUAUGAGAAAUAUGGGUGGGGGAGGAUAUUGUGAUCAGUUGUUUUGCAUGUUAGAAUACGUUUUUUAAGCAAGUGCUUGUGCUAACUGCAGUGUUAGCCAGCAUUACUUUGGACCAAUUUCUGGUGAUGUAAAGUUUCUAGUUGCACAAGGUUACAAGAGUGCCUGGA